AUGACUUUGAAACGAUGUACUGACUAUGAACACGAUGUAGAUAUGAACAGGGUUUAUGAUUUUGAACACAUGUAUGACUUAAACAGAUGGUUUGGCCAGGUGUCAAAGACUGGUAGUUUGGUGCUGCGGAGACCAUGGCACAAUAGCAUAGUGUCAUUGCGAACCACCCCAGAGGUGACUGCAGUAUAUGCAAUCACCCAUGGCAAUCUUGCCAGUGGUUGGGUUACUCAAGUGCCAGGCCAACAUCUUGGUCACAUUCAGGUCUCAUCACCUGCAGUGUUUAUAUCUCCAGCUCUACACACCUCUUAUACAACUGUCUAUGUGCCGUGCUAUCGUAGUUUCCACACAUCCUCCAAAAUCUUUGAAAAGGAAUCCCUGAAGCCCUCAUCUCAAGUUGAAGUGACUGUAAAGGACCUCAAGGAAAAGGCAAAAGCUGCUGGAUCACCAGUAGCUCCAGUUAAAAAAUUAGAGAUUGUGGAAAGAAAGUCUCUAGGUGUUAGAAUAAAGGAAGAAAUUUUGCAUUAUUAUCAUGGCUUCAGAUUGUUGUUCAUUGAUACCAGAAUCUGUUGCAAAUAUGUCUGGAGGAUUGUUAAUGGUGAAUCUUUAUCAAGAAGAGAACAUAGACAGUUGGUGCGGACAACAAGUGAUUUAUUUCGCUUGUUGCCAUUCUCAGUGUUCAUCAUUAUCCCGUUCAUGGAGUUUUUGUUACCUGUAGCACUUAAGCUCUUUCCUGGGAUGCUUCCAUCAACCUUUGAGACCGCCAAUGAAAAGGAAGCAAAGAUGAAAAAGAGACUGAAAGUGAAACUAGAAAUGGCUAAAUUCCUUCAACAAACUUUAGACAAUAUGGCUGUUCAGGCUAAAGGUCACCAAUCGGAGAGUGCCAAGGAGUUUGUAUUGUUUUUUGAAAAGGUUGCCAAAACUGGUGAAAGCAUUAGCAAUGAAGAAAUUCUUAAGUUUAGCAAGUUAUUCGAGGAUGAAAUUACUCUGGAUUCACUCUCCCGACCACAGCUGGUAGCUCUGUGCCGUUUGCUGGAGAUGCAACCUUUUGGAACAAAUAACUUUUUGAGGUUUCAGUUAAGAAUGAAGUUAAGAGCAUUAACUGCUGAUGACAAGAUCAUUGAACAUGAAGGCGUGAAUUCUCUGGCAGUGUGGGAGCUCCAGCAGGCCUGUCGUGCCAGAGGGAUGAGGGCAUAUGGCUUAUCCGAAGAACGACUUCGCCUGCAACUGAAUCAGUGGCUUGAGUUAAGCCUUAAAGAAAAGGUGCCUCCAUCUCUGCUGCUCUUAUCACGAACACUGUACCUUCCAGAAAGUGUCCAGACCUCUGACACAUUGGCUGCCACUAUCUCAACUCUACCAGAAGAGGUUGCCACACGGACUAAGGCAGCCAUUGGCAAGCGAGAGGGUAAGAUUGACAAUCUCACUCGUUUAGAGGUAAUCAAGGCAGAAGAGAGGAAGAUUGCUGAGGACAAGAAAGAGUUAGAGAGGAUCCAGGAGGAGAAGAAGUUAAAGGAGGAACUCGCAAAGAAGAAAGUGGAGGAGGAGGCCCAGCGACAAGAAAUGGCUGUGCAGGUAGCUACUGCUGCUGCAGUAGAAACUCAGAGAGAAGUUCUUCAAGCAGGGUCAGAUGUGUCUUUGGUACCACCAUUAGCAAAUAAGAUCCUCUCUGAAGGAGUGCAGGUCACUAAAGCUACAGUCUCUCUCUCAGGAGAGAUAGAACAGAAGGCUGACAAGGAGAGUCUUAUUGACCGAGCUCCAGUGUUGAAGGACAAAGCUGAGGUGCUCUCCGAGGAGUCUUUAAAACCACCUCAGAUAGUUCCUGCUGUAGAAGCACCACCUGUGCUGACAAGUAAGGAUCUGCGCGAUGUGGAAGAAGCCAUUGAAACUUUAGGUGUAGAAAAGCGGAAGUUGAUAAUCGAGGAAAAAGAGUUAUCAGAACUGAAGAGUGAGUUAGCUGAUUAUCAGGAGGAUGUUGAAGACUUUGAAAAGGCCUUGGGUGAGGCUGAUGUUAAUAAGGAGCAGCUUCGAGAAAGUAAAGCUGCUAAACGACUCUUUGUUAGAGUAAAUAAAAUGAUCAAUAAGAUUGAGCCGGUUCUUGAAAGCCUGAAGAAGGAGAAGGACUACCGUCAGAAAAUUGUUGAUGCUGGCGAAGCUAAGGUUCAAGACAAGGCUGAACUUGUGAACCUGGAGGAAUUAACUCGACAUUUGAGCUACAUAUACCAUGCUCCUGAUACUUCUAAGGUGUCCAUGAUUAGUGAUGUUUUGGCAAAGAUGGACUUUGACAAUGAUGGAUCAGUGGAAGUGGAUCACGUUCUGCAUGUGUUGAACCUCAUGUUGGAUGAGGAAGUGGGUGUAUCUCCAAAGAUGUUUGAAGAUGUUAUAGAGAUGUUGGCCAAGGAGGAGCAGUUAGAGUCUGCUAAACUCAUUCAGCAUGCUCUUAGAACAACUGUAGCUGACUUUGAUUAUUCUUCUAAAGUUGAUACUACAACUGAACUUCCAAAAGAAACAAAUGGUGAAGUAUUACAGAGUGAUAAGGACAGAUCUUUGCAGUCUAGCGAAGGUACAGUCUCUAAUAAACAAGCAAAGCACAGUCAAUGACACCCUGAAAAAAGAGAAUAAUUCUUAUUUUCUUUAAAUUAGUGACUGUUUUCAAAGUGAGAAUAUUUUAUUUUCUAGGUUAUUUUUAAAUGGAAUACAUAUGAACCCUCUAUUUAAUGGACUAAUAUGGGAAGUGGGUGGAUGGUAAUGGUGUUUGUGGUGGAUGCAGAUGAAAUUAUUGUCCUGUGAUUACAGCAGACAUUUCUUUAACCAUCACACCUUGUCCAUUUUUACUGAAUCUGUCGAUCUAUCAGAUUUUGUCCUGAAUUUCCCAAGUCUCUUAAAUCAAGGGUUUACUGUAUUAUUAUUUAUGAGAAGUAUUUCAAGAUGUGGAGGUUUUCUUAACUUCAGUUACAGUAUGUACAAAUGUAUUUACAAAUUAAUAGGUGCAGAUUAUAUAUAAAAAUUUAAAUUAUUAAUUUGUCCUUGUUAAAAAAAAAUAGUCACAGUAUUAAUUCGAAAAUGAGAGAAUUAUAUUUCCCAGAUAUUUCAGUUUAGUUAUGGAUGUAUCAUGAUUUACAAGGGAAUAUUAUUGAAGAAUACAAGUCACUAUAGUACAGCUGAAAUACUUCAUUAUUAAUCCACAGUUUAGAGAGGUAACUAAAUGGCACUUAACAAUGAUCAAAGGUGAACCAAAACAUCAACUAAUAUUUACCCUCUGAAUGUGGGUUAAUAGUGAAGUGAAUAUUAUUGUAUUUAUGGAAGUUGUUAUUGUAUUGAUGAGGAAGUGCUAAACCCAUAAUGGUCAUACAGCAUCAUACACAUUCAUAGAAAAUGAUGAACUUGCAACUAUAUGACAUUACAGUGUGUGUUGCACAUAGUCACUUUUAAAAUGGUAUAUUCGUAAAGAUGCAUUGCUUGAAUGGGUAUUUAAUUCAUAUGGUUUCUCAAAUAUAAAUUUGACCAUGCAAACAUAUUUAAAAUUAUGUUUGAUACUGUCCUUGUAAAGGGAACAACAAUAUAUGAGUACUAUUAGUGUACCUUAAUAUGGCAUUUUAGUUGCAUAUUUUCAACUUGCAUGUACUCUGGUAUAGGUUUUACUGUACUUUCCAUCCAUAAUUAAAUAUUAUUUAUUUCUAUAUAUAGUAUUAGCUGUACAGUAUAUAUGCUGUGAUGACUGUAAAAAGGCUGUUUUUGUUAUACUUUAUUUUUUGCAAAGAUAUGUUGUUAUAUUUAACCAACAUUCUUAAACAUGCUAAGAACACAAGGUGUAUGCAAGUCUUAAUGUUAUAAUUACAGUGUGUCUGCAAUAGACAUUUAUUAUUAUGAAAUAUUGUAGUAAUAGAAUUAUUUAUCAGAGUAUCAUCAAAUUUAGGGAAUACUUUAGUACAGGAUUAUUUUUUUCCAUCUUGUUAAUUUGCAGUAGUGAGUCCACUUAUUUUUACAUAUUGUAGUAUGUUGUUACCUCCCAUAGAAUAAUGUGCUGGGAAACAGUUGGGCAGUAGUGUAAUGAGUAUUAAGGAUAUUCUAGUAGAUAAAAUUGCAGCUGGUAAUGGCCCAUCAUACAUAAUGUAUUUAUUAAGCUCAAAUACUGAUACUGUUAAGCAAUUACCAAGCAGUUAUAAUAUUGGCCCUUUUCAGGGCAAGCAUUUAAAGUGGGUACUGCAACAUGUACACUUGAUAUAACUGUUCAGUGCGAGGUCUUUUUGCAGACAGUUCUUGCUUACCUACAUAAUUAGAGCCAUGGUAGAUAGUGAUUAUUGUACCUUCAGUGUGUUAACACAAGUUCUCAUAGAUCAGGGGUGGCCAGACUUUAGUGAGAAGGAAUUGAAUUUUUCUGAAGUUCUCCCUAUACUUAAUACAUUACUUGACAACAACCAGUCCCAGUGUAAUGAGCAGAGAAGACAAAUCUUAGUUUUGUUCGUAUUUAUGAGGUACUCCGUAAUGACAAAUUAAUGAAAAAAAGUAAUAACCCAAGCAAAUUGAAAUUACCUGCUAAUCACUGUAUAGCUUUAUGGAAAUAGUAUUUUUUUGAACUUGGCUUACAAAUUCAAACCAUAUUUUACAGCAUAUAAGGUGGGCUUUUAAUCCACAAAAAGUCUUGGAAAAUCAGCCUGCAUCUUACAUGCUCAAGGUCAGGGUCAAGGGUAGGCUUUGGGUUACACUGUAGCAGUUCUUUACUAACAUUGCUACAACUGCUUGGAAACAUUGUCUUAUAUGCUCGUGUUCCUUAUGUGCAGGAAAAUACGUUAUGCUUUUUAGUAAAAGUUGAUUUAUUUUUCAAAAGGAAGGAGAAAAGUAUAAAGUAACCUCUUGAACCAUAAUGGUAAACCAACAUAUAACAACAUUGCAGUUACUUUGAAAAAAAAUUGUUCUCUGUAAGCUCAAAUAAUUCAUUUGUAAUACAACUAUGAUAUGUUCAUUCUCAGUGAAUUUAAUAUUCUGUGUAACUGUGUUAAAUUUAACUAUCAGAAGUAAA